AUGGCCGGCGCGGUGCCUAGAUCUCGUCUUCUCGAGUUGAUGAAGGUCCAAUGCAACCUCUUCUCCACCACCUACAACCCUGACAGACUGCGCACUGGUAACAAAGUCCUCCGCCAACGCCUCCGAGGCCCAACUCUGGCAGCCUAUUACCCGCGCAAGACCGCUACGCUGGAAGACUUGAAAAAGGUAUUCAAGAAACUCGACCUGCAGGUUAUCAACCCACGCGAGGAUGAAAGGCUAGAAAGUAUAGCGCUUGCGAAGCUAAGAGGGAAGGGCGCGCCCAAGAAGAAGAAGGGAAAAGACUUGACCAAGGGAAAGAAGAAGAAGAGGUAG